AUGAAAGUCGUCAAUGAGAACCUCCAGCUGCUGGCCCGCUUAGCUAGCUCGUCGAGUACCGCGCAAGACGCAGAGAGCAGAAAGAUUCGGCCUGAUUCUUCCGCGUCCGAACACGCACCGCAGGAGCCUUGCACGCUCAACGGCGCUGGGUGUAACACUGUUGCUGCCAGUAGGUCCAAGAGGACGGGCACACAGACUCGCACUACCGCCAUGGACGAGACUGCGACAGCACUCGAGACACUCAGAUUCACCAGCAGAGCGAGCAGUAGCUCGAUAUUGCAGAUUGAGAAGGCCUCAAGUGCUUUUAUAGCUCGACUGAUAGAGCUCGAAGAGUAUCAUCGCGCGUUGCUCGAACUUGCGGAGAAGCACAUCAGCUUGUGCAAGAUCCUCUCGCAGCCUUCGCCCUCACGGCCAGCUCGGACGCCUCAAGACAGCUUCCGUGGUUGGGCAUACCUCUUGCACUACCCUCUGCUGCCUCAAAAGAUGCGUCAAUCCCCAACAAAUCGAUCACGUCACGUUUCAGCAUCAGACGCAAGUACUGCAGACGCAAGUACGCCCAACUCGCGAUCAGAUAGGAGCUUGCCAUGCGAAGAAUCAAGCGCUGACGAUUCGCAUCUUACACUUGCCUCCCUCGUCAUGACAGCUCAAUACCACACUGUCACGUGUUUAGCGAAACUGACAUUUCGUUCGCAAACAUCAGGAGACGGUCUGGACCUGCAGCUCGAGAAUUGGCUGAGCUGUCUUCGUGACACGAUAGAUGCCAUAGCAUGGUACGAGUCAGCUGUUACUCGGCGAGUUGCGGACGCAGAAACCCGUAUUGCUCGUCUCAAAGCACUUCUGCUAGCUAUACACCGUGCACUCUUCGCCGCUAGCUUAGACAUCGAAGGCUCAUCCCAUCCUGCGGGCAUUCUGCGGCUACGCAUUGAGGCAUCUCGUUAUGCCAUGAUCCCUGCUCUCUUGCCUGCGAUCGACUUUGACGCUCUCGAAGGCGUCUUGCUUCGAAUCGAGAAAAGCAUCGUGCAUUAUUUACGCGCCGCGGGCGAGCAUGCACUGUCGGCAGCUGUCAUGCGCGAGGCUGUGGAAGCCGCCUUCGAUCAGAUUUGUUUCGACAUCACCAAUAUCACCAAACGCUCUGCCCAAAAAGCGUGCUCCGAUUCUAAAGCCUUCGCAGGGCUAGCAAGACUAGUCAAUCGCGUAGCAAAGCAAGCAGGUAUCCCAAUAUCGACCGGAAACGGCUCGCCUGCUGCUCGUGCACGCGCUGCCGUCUUAGAUGUGCAGCGCUCGCUCGAUCAAGGAACCCUAAUAGACGCGGUCACAAAGGACAUAGAAGGUCACAUCAGCGCCCUGCUAAGUUUGGGCAGCUCGCAAGACAGUACAAGCGCCGUCAGUCUUAUAGAUGGUCUGCGCUUAGCAGCCCACAAGGCUCUAACGUCAUCUGAACCGGGAAUUGCCCCAAAACUUGCCGACAUACUGUGCGCAGCUGCUUCUUGUCUGGCCAAGUCUUCCCGAGCAGGCAUUGCGGUCCAGGCAUCACCGCGACUGCGAAUGCUCGACAGCCUUCUUACUGCAUCAUCAAUCAUCUUCUCCACCACAGAACGAGCCUCGCAAGCCCGUAGUCUUGGCCUGCUUUUGUCUGCUGCAGACUUAUUCAGUACGAGCAGCACUCAGAUCACCUUCGAGCAGCUUGACGAUGCAGUCUUCAACGCCAUAAGGUGCAUCUCCAUAGCUGCGUACAACCAUGGUAUCGCGCUUCAUCGGGUCAGACAUAGCAAUGCAGCAUCGUUUGUGGAGAGAUCGUGCAUCAUCGCCGCAGCAUUGUUGUCGACGCCGCCCGGUUCACGCUGCAACAGCAAGGCUAUCGAGGAGCUUGCAAAGGCUCUUGCUAGACGGUAUGAGACGCUUGCACAUGUGCAAAGAGAGCAAGGAAACUUUUCAGCGGCUUUACAGAGCAGUACAACUGGCUGCGUCUUGCUGACGGCAGAUCCGACUUUUGCGCAUCGAGCAAGCACAGUCUCUUUAGACAUCCUCGCGGAAGAGUAUAGCGUUCUGUUCCGCCUCGUCUCGCUAAGCACAGCGAUAGCGUUGGACGAUGUACUGCUAAACUACACGGCCGCGUCUGUCGAUAUACUUUGUGCCGCGAGAACGAGUAACUCGGCCGUACAACUGCUCUUAAUGGAAGUGCAAUGCUACGAACUCUCACGGCAAUUCCGAAAGUCGUCUUCAGACCAACUCUAUCUGCAUACACUUGAUUCCCUCCUAGCGCGGUUGGACAAGGCGAAUUCGUCUCAUCGUCGCCUAAGAAUCGUACUGCUCAAGAUGGAGGCAUUGUCGAAGCAGCCGGCGGUCGAGCCUGAGGAGAUCAUGCGGCUUUCGGCAGAGGCGCAAGACCUCGCUGAGGUCAGGAUGCGAGCAGAUGUCGCAGAGAUUCCUGCCUCUAGUGCAUGCUGCGCGCAGUCAUUGCCAAUUCGUACAGCGUUAGCAACGAUGCGCUGGCGCGACGCCGGCGAGCACGCUGCAAUAUAUCAGGAAGCUUGUCGCUUGGCUCACGAGACUCUCUCGGGAUGGCCGACGUUGACGACGAGGCAGCGCGGGGGAUGCUACUCCGCACUAGAGGAGGUAACCAACAAGAUCGACAAGAUGGCCCUCAGUCCGUCCGCUAGCCCGAAAAUCCCGUCCCUGGGACCGCACAAUAAGCAAACGAGCCGUGCACCACAGUCUGGACUGGCUGCGGCGCCAUCGCAUCUGCCUGUUGCUUGUAGCAUCGGCUGCUACGACAAGCUGCUACAUUUUGCAGACAUUGCAGAGGUGUCAGGUGACCGCCUUGGCGCUCUCAAAGUCCUACGUCAAUUGCGCAGAUGUACUGCCGAAUGUCAAGAUGCCUCGAGCCGGUCUCUGUUCAUCGCGGCCUCGAUCAGAUUAUCCCGUGCAUACGCACGCGCAGAGAACGUUAGUAAAGCCGAUGAUCUGCUUAAAGCUUCUCAGACUCGGCUUGAAGGCCAAACACCGCUCAUGCUCUGUCAAUUUCAUCUCACCUCUUCGCUUGUAGCAGCUCUAUAUGUCAGCGCGCAGACCGCGGCUCAGUCUCACAUAGCGGCGUAUGAAUGCUACACGACGCUGUCGGCCGAACGCGUGGGCGAUAGACAGGAAUGGCGACUUGCCGAUCAAGACGUUUGUGCAUACAGCAAUCUGGUCGCGGCGCACAUAUCGGCAGCUGCCGGCAAGAUGGAUGAGGCACUUCAAGCUGCUCUCGCCGCUUCUCGCAUAUACGGUAAUGCGCUCGGUCUGAUCUCGCGAUAUACGGCGCGUCAGCGUCCUGCUCGAUCUGUUCUCGAGCAUGUGGACAUCUCAGACGGCAUCGAGGAUCGUCACUUCAGCCGUCGGAUCCUCAAUGUAUCUUGUGUGACCUGGCAGAUCGCACAAGGUCUCUGCGAGUCUGCCAGAUUCACGGCUGAAAUGUAUCAGAGCAUAGGUUCGGUCAGACUGGCCAUCCAUGCGCUCAGUCAAGCUCUGGAAUGCGCCACAGCAUUUUGCUUCGAUCGAAUUUCACUCCGCUUGCUUUGCGCGCGCGGCCAACUUGCAUAUGAUGCUGACGAUCUUACUAUGGCAAUCGAAGACAGGCGAGCAGCAAGGCGCAUAGCGGCGCGCUUCGAUCAUAUGCCAGCAAGUCUUUUGCUCCUUGAGAGCUCGCUCGCCGGAUCGUCUGCAGAGACAGAGCGCUUCUUGCAUCAGGCUCAUGCGGCUGUCUCGCAUUCGGCAGAGGAUACCGACUCUUUGUUGCUUACGUUUCCCAGUCCUAAUAGGUCGCAAUUGCAGACUACUGCCAACAUCCGACAUGCGCUCUCGGAUGAGACCUUUGACGUUUUGUGGCGCAUGGCGUGGCUCGCGCGCGCAGGCAAUAAAGCACAACACUUGGUCUCGCCUCUGAGCGCUUUGCAAAAAUACUGCUCGGUUACUCGACGUCUACAAACGCGGUUUAUUGUUGCAAUGCUCAGACAUAGCGAUUUAGAGAGCAGGAAGAUUCUCAAGGGACGUCGUGAGACCCUCUCAGAAGCAGCCAGCAUGAUUCCCGCAGCUUUGCAAGCAGCGGCUGGGCUUGGCAGCCGCAUCGGCUCCAUACGCAAGGAGGCUGCUGGCGAUCUUGUCAAAGCCUAUUUGGCUGAGCUACUUCUUGCAUCAAGUUCGACAUUGCAGCGCGAUGCUCUCGUUGUGCUCGAUGCUUGGCUUGUCGAUCGGAUUCUGCAGCAUGGCAUUGAUACCUCUAUGACUGUACUGCACAACCUCGACUAUGCAACCGCCAUCACUCUCAACAGGGAAAUGACAGGCGUGCUUGCGCGCAAGUGCCUAACGACUGCGCUGUGCAAGUCCAAUUGGCCAAGUCUGUCAAGCUCGAUGCGUCCACUGGUCACAGAUGACCCCAUGAAGCUGCACUGGGCCAAUUUAUCGAAGCAGUACCUCCAACAUUGGCAAGGUUGCGACGCGAGCGAGGUAAUGAAGCGAUUGCCGCAUGACUCGAUCGUUGUCUCUCUGCAGAUGAACGAGCAAGCAGACGCACUGAUCCUGAUUCGGCAUGUACCCCACCGGAUACCUGUCAUUCUUCGACUUCCUCUGGAUCGUAUGGGCAAGCGCGAGAACGAGGACGAAGACGAGCUUUUCGACUUUGCCGCAUGUAUGCAUGAGCUCAAAUCUAUAAUCACCGAAGCAAAUGCGACAGCACAAGCUGCCAAGACGGUCGAUACGAAGGAAACCCGGAAAUCCUGGUGGCAGAUCCGUCAAGCACUAGAUGUUCGCCUCGGAGAGCUCUUGGCAAAUUUGGAGCAGCGCUGGCUGGGCGCCUACAAGUGCAUGCUUCUGCCACCUCGCCUGCAUAUCGAUGCCUCCUUGCUUGCAAGCGUCAAAGACAGUAUCCUGUCACACAUCAAGGCAGCGCUGUCAUCGACGAGCCGAAAAGUCACCAAAGAUCUGAUGCUACCGGCUGAACUGGUCGAAUGUCUGGCAGAGCUAUCUAGCGAAAGCGAAGAUGAGGACUUUGAGGACAUUGUCCACCUGCUGAUCGAUUCAGUCCACCUCUGCGGCCUGCCCAUCGCAUAUGACGAGCUCGAUGCCGAUCAGCUCAUGUGUGACAUCAAAGCAGCUCUCGCGCCUUUGCAACGCCCGAAAGUGCAGUCACUUGCUGAUUGCGAAGACGCGCAUACAUACCUGAUCCUUGACAAACAUCUCGCCGCACUACCAUGGGAAUCUCUGGAAGUAUUACAAGGUCGAUCAGUCACACGUCUCUCGUCUCUCGCUGCGUUGCGCGAUCGUCUCGACAUGCAUGGUGCUUGGCACGCCAAUGUUGAAGAGCUAUCCAGCCACGCACGCUAUCAGAUCGACGCAAGACGUGUCUUUGCCGUGCUCAAUCCCAGCCAGGAUCUCAAAAAUACGGCAAGCGCCUUCGUCGACGAUCUCAAUCGCAACGCAUGGGAUCAGAUUGCAAACAGAGCACCGAGUCAGGAGGAGCUCAAGGCAGCCCUGCGCGAAAAUGACCUCUUCUUGUACUUCGGACACGGCGGUGGCGAACAGUAUAUCAGCUCGAGAAGUAUCAGGCAGCUCUCCAAAUGCGCCGUUGCCAUGCUCUGGGGCUGCUCUUCGGGUGCUCUCAGGCGACAGGGGCAAUACGACAGUACUGGCACGCCUUGGCACUAUCUCGCUGCAGGCAGCCCAUGUGUUCUUGCGAACCUGUGGGACGUCACUGAUAAGGAUAUUGACAAGCUCGCCAAAGCCACAAUGGCGGCUUUUGGUCUCGACAUUGCUGGCGAGGCCUUGGGCUUCUGCAGUCAGGGAUUGAGUCUACCUAAGGCUCUGUCAGCGUCGAGAUCUGUCUGCAGACUCCGCUAUCUCAACGGUGCGGCUUCGGUCAUAUAUGGUGUGCCGGUCAUAGUACAGAAGUGA